UUGCCACGGGUUGCGUGUGCGCGCCGGCUGCGCGAGCGGAGCCGCGCGAUAGUGUCACACAGUACAGCCAGACAUGGCGGCGGAUAUACAGCCCGAGUGGAUUUCUGCUCUCCCUUCUUCCUGGAGUUACGGGGUGACUCGAGAUGGACGCGUCUUCUUCAUUAACGAGGAAGCCAAGAGCACAACCUGGCUGCAUCCGGUGAGCGGCGAGGCGGUAAUAACCGGCCACAGGAACACUCCAGACCUACCCACUGGAUGGGAGGAAGGAUAUACUUUCGAGGGUGCGCGCUGCUUCAUCAACCACAAUGAGCGGAAGGUGACCUGCAAGCAUCCGGUCUCAAGCUUACCCUCGCAAGACAAUUGCAUCUUUGUCGUCAACGAACAAUCUGCCUCCAAAGUGCCGGCGAAUGAGAAGGAUCGGCCACUAAGCACCAUGAGUGAGGCCUCCAACUACACAGGCAGUUCGGACUACUCCGCAAACCCCACCAACACGGCAGACAGACCAUCGAGACCUUCCAAAAAAAUCCACAACUUUGGGAAGAGAUCCAACUCCAUCAGGAGGAAUCCCGGUGCGCCAGUAAUCAAGAGGAACUGGCUUUAUAAACAGGACAGCACGGGGAUGAAGCUGUGGAAGAAGCGGUGGUUCGUGCUGUCUGACCUGUGCCUCUUCUACUACAGAGACGAAAAGGAGGAGGGGAUUCUUGGCAGCAUCCUCCUGCCGAGCUUCCGUGUGUCCAUGCUGUCUGUGGACGACCACAUCAACAGGAAAUAUGCCUUCAAGGCAACGCAUCCCAACAUGCGGACGUACUAUUUUUGCUCCGACACGGCCAAAGAGAUGGAGGCUUGGAUGAAAGUUAUGACCGAUGCCGCACUUGUGCAUUCCGAGCCAGUCAAGAGGUUGGACAGGCUAAAGGUGGAGCAGUGCGGGCCGCAAGAGAUCAAUCACGUGGCCAACUACCGGCCUCCGCUCACGCAGCCCGAAAUCCACAACAAUCAACUGAACAUCGAGCGCGCCCCCGAAGCCCCCCCCGCCGCCGCAGCGGACGAUGAGCGAAAGCAGCGGGACGCCGCGCGCUACGGCUUCCAGCAGGACGGGGCGGAGCGCGAGCGCCCGCUCACAAAGAUCAACAGCAUCAAGCUGCAGCCGGCGCAGGCGGCGGCCGUCAAGGCCAGCGUCGCCUCGCCGCAGACACCGACCGAGGUGGACGGGUCGCGCCACGGCCCCCAGGUCAACGGAUCAGGGGAGCAAGCCGCGCAGGACGGGACUGGGGUCCCUCCUCGCCGGAGUCCCACUCCCGAGCCGGACCGCGCGCUGAGCAGGACCAGCUCCAUGCAGCAACUGGAGCACUGGGUCCGCACCCAGAGGGGCCGUAGCCAGGACGACGACACCAGGAGCAUCACGUCCUACCAGACGCUGCCUAGAAACAUGCCGAGCCACCGGGUGGCCUACAUGCCACACUACGGCGACGGCUACAGCAGCAUGCCCAGGAAUAGCAUGGCGCAGAGGGACAGCAUCUGCAGCAUGUCGCCCUCGUUGUACGAGCAGUCGCUGGGGCCCUCGGUGGACAAGCGGCGCUCCAUGCGCGACGACACCAUGUGGCAGCUGUUUGAGUGGCGGCAGCGGCAGGCCUACACCAGGCCGCCGCCGCCGGGCCUCUACAGAGACAUGGCCAGUCCCAAGACCAUGAUCAACCUGUCGGAGCACGCCGCGCCAAGCCACUCCAUCCCCCCCUCGCCCUCCCACGGCUCGCUGUCCAUGUACGGCGGCUACUCCCCCAUGCGCUCCUACAACGUCGCGGGCGCCCGCUCGGAGGUGUCCUCUCCCGUCUACAGAGGGGACGCCAGCAUCGACAGGCGGCUCAGGCCGCAGCACAACAAGUACGCCUACCCGCCGGAUAGGAGGUCGAUGCCUGCGGGGAUCCCAGUUCAGACCAUCAGCGCCCAGUCGCUCCACGGCAAAACACCUGAGGAACUGACUCUGCUGCUCAUAAAGCUGCGGCGGCAGCAGGCCGAGCUAAACAGUGUCCGGGAGCGCACCGUAGCACAGCUUAUGCAACUAAACAUGGACGGAGACAACCCAAAGAACGACAUUCUCUCCCAUCACCUCCAAAGGAACCUCAUGUUUUUGGACUAUCAGAUGAAGGAAAGUGACCCUUUAAUCGUCAUGACUCACACUUUGAUUGAGAACUCUGCCCCAAGGCCUCAACUUUACCACCAACUGGGUCCAGAGGACUACAGGGAUCUGGGCUACACACGCGCGGCGGAGGAAGCGGACAUUGACACCAAACUGAGCCGGUUGUGCGAGCAGGACAAAGUGGUGAGGACUCAGGAGGACAAACUUCAGCAGCUGUACCGAGAGAAGCACACCCUGGAGACGGCGCUGCUUUCAGCCAGCCAGGAGAUCGAGAUGGGCUCUGAAAGCCCUGCUGCCAUGCAGAGUGUUAUCCAGCAGAGAGACUUGCUGCAGAGCGGCCUGCUCAGCACCUGCAGAGAGCUCUCCAGAAUCGCUGCUGAGUUUGAGCUGUCGUGGAGGGAGUACGAGAAGCUGGAAGCGGACGUGACUCUGGCUAAGAACAAGCUGCUGGAACAGCUGGAAGCACUGGGAAGCCCUCAGACGGAGCCUCCCAGCCAGCAGCAUGUCCGCAUCCAAAAAGAGCUUUGGAGGAUUCAAGAUGUGAUGGAGGCCCUCAGUAACCACAAAGCUCAGAGAGUGGCUGAUGGUAUGAGCUCGCCCGACGCCAACUUCAGCAUGAAUAAUAACGAGGAGGACGACUCUGUUCCCCCACGGCCGCCCCUCCCCCAGUCCUAUGAGCCCGACCCCCCCAGCGCGCCCCCUGUGCCCCCUCAUGCUGGUGUGCGCCCUUCAACGCUGCACAGGCCCGAGGAGAGGAAGAGGAACGGCUCGCACAGCGGCCCAGACUACCGGCUGUAUAAGAGUGAACCGGAGCUCACCACGGUGGCUGAAGUAGAUGAGACCAAUGGAGAGGACAGAUCUGAACACCCUUCUGAUAGAGAACAUUCUGGAAACAAAGGGAUGUCCUACCCAGUGGGCAUCGUGCCACCCAGGACCAGAUCUCCAGUGACGGACUCCUCCUCCAUCGCUUCGUAUGUUACUUUGAGGAAGAGCAAGAGGCCAGAUCCCAUGGCGGGGAAUCAAAUGGAGCGACCUCGCAGCGCAGUGGAGCAGCAGCUGUGUGCCGCGGAGAGUGGGCGGCCCCGGAUGAGUGUGGAGGAGCAGCUGGAGAGGAUCCGCCGCCACCAGCAGGGUGCCCUCCGGGAGAAGAAGAAGGGCGCCCACGUCCGGGGCGGCGGCCAGGGAAACGCGCCCUCCCGCAGUCACUCGUUCACGAAGGAGAACCAUUAUCGCUCGCAGUCCCAAAUGAGGCGCAGAGAAGAGGGGAUAAGUUGCAUUGACGAGCUGGAGGCCUCGCUCCGGCUGCAGGAGGUGGUCAGGGACCAGGAGACGCCGGCCGAGGAGAUCGCCCGUCUCAAAGAAGCCUCGCAGGACGACCACUUGAAUAUGGACCGAGAGCUUUCAGUGCCUGACAAAGUGCUGAUCCCUGAGCGUUAUGUGGAGUCCGACCCUGAGGAGGCCCUGAGCCCUGAGCAGGAGGCUGACAAGCAGAGGAAAGUCGACCGGAUCAAAGCCCUCAUUGCCAAAAACAGCAUGCAGAAUACGCUGCCUAGUGUGGCGCUCAGCCCCGAGGAGGAGUCUGAAGUGGAGGUCACCGUACAGGAGAAAGAGAAGAUGAUUAAUAUGUCCUACGAGCUGGCGGCAGAGGCCUCCAAACGCAGCAAGCUGGUAGCAGUGAAACGCCUGUCGUCCUCUUCCUCACCCCUUCCGCAGCCGUCUAACACACCCCCUCAACUCCCUGACGGCUCUCACUUCAUGUGUGUGUAGUAGCACCACACAGGCUCUGGCCUCAGUGAGAACCUACACCUGAAGGAAACAGCAGAGGUGUAAAGAUGCCCCAGAAGGCUUCCCCCAGGACCUCAGCACAAGGCCGCAGCCUACAGAGAGUGAAACUGCCUACUCCGUUCUCUGGGUUCUUAACUUCUGACUUCUGUAUGCUCACUGUGACGUCUUCAGCUCUUACGCCACCAUCAACGCUUUCCCUCCCCUGCCUUUUCUCUGUUGGUUCGCCUCGCCUCCGAACACAGCUCGAUACUCUUAUUGUUGCAGUUCCAUUUUUAGUUUUUACACGGUUUUUAAGGAUAUUUUCAUUAUUUAUUUGGUUUUAUUAGGUUCUUGUAGGAGUGUGGGCCAACGUUGGUCAUCAACAUCCAUCCUGUCAUCAGCUUGAUGGUCUCAUGACCAAAUCUUUCAGCUACAUUUUACAUUCAUGUUUCACAGUCUGUUCUAAAAGCUUACAAGAACAAAUUUUCCCCUAAUUUUACAUUUACCAGAUAAUCCUAGUUUUUUAUAAAUUGGUUUGUUUUUGGAGACAUCAGCCAUUAACCAACCAUUCAUAUGUAUCCAUUUAUUGUAAAGGACAUUUGUCAUUGCAAGAGAUGAGUUUAUAAGAGAUGUAGUUUCCUCCAUUAUAAUGAAAGGAGGAGCCACUUUAUUGCUGCAGACCAAUAUUAUUUGUAAAUUCUCCUGUUUCUAGGUUGUAAUUAUUUAAAGUGGGAUCUUCUGGAGUCCCUGUUGCAUUGUUGCCGACGCAUAUGUGAAUGUCUAAGUCACUCUAUACUGUCUUUUUUUUGUAUUGCUGAAAGUUAUAUUUAAACUAAAAGAAGGAAAAAAACUAGUUUGGUUCUAUUUUAUGAUGUUAGUUUGAAGACUUGGAACUAUGGGGUUAAAAAAAGAUUAGCACAUGUAAAAAGCAAUAAAAAAGACGUUUGUGGAUCCAGGAUUCUGUGUACAAAGUGUAAUUAUCAGAUGUUUACUGUGUAUAUAAUGUACAUGGUACAGCAGGAUGGGGAUGUAUCCAGCAUAUGGUUGCAUACUAAAUUUGAUUUAAAAAUGUUCAUAUCCCAUCUGUUUUAUAUCAUGUGAAAUAAAUGUUGCUGUUCUUAAAGAGA